UCGCACACGAGGAAUACCCAGAAUCGGCGUCCGCUGCCCACCGUCACAUCGAACCCGAUGUGAAUGAUCUCGACUCUCCGCACUUACCUCCAUCGUCUACGGGUGUUGUGUGUGUGCGAUUAUGCACUCCGCACCAGACCAGCUCUAGACCAGCACCGGGUCGGUACGGAACGUUUGCCCGCUGCCUCUGCCACAGUGUUAUCGCGUGUCGCUGCGACGAGACGGGAGAAUCCCGCUGUUCUCGUCCGUUUGUGCGUUUGUCGAGAUUACCGCACUCGUUGUCUAUUAUUUUGAUAUGGUGUCAGACUUGCGGUGAAAACUGUCAGUGUUCUCUUUCUUUAUUGUGUUUUGCCACUUUGCUAUAUUUGUAUCUGCAGAUCUUCUCUGCUUCCAACAUGUUGGUAUUCGAGAGCCCAGCCUCCCACCAAAAGGCAUCCGGACACAACAUUAAGUCUUCCAUAAACGGAUCAGCUAUAUCAAAGACAAAUCUAGGAUAUCCCAAAUCUACUUCUCUUUACCAUACAAAAGAUUAUGGAUCACAUCAGCUACAAACCAGUUCUUCAAGCAAACACCUAAACGGUUCAUCUAGGACUGCUAAUUGUAUAUCCAGAUCUGUUUUAAUCAACUCUGACCUGCCGCAUUUGGAUGGUAAACCGUCUUCCAGAUUGAACUCGAACUACAAAUCGGGAACAAUGCCCGUCUCACCGAUGGUCGAAUCGUUUCCUGCAAUCAACAUCAAUUCGCGUGUGCAAGAUCACGAGUCGACCAACAACAAUAUCCGGGAGGACAAUGGCUUCCCCAUGACUCCAACAGAGGCCCUACGAAUAUACGGAAAUAGACUAACAGACUUUGAAAAGACUGAAAUAGAGAGAUAUUCGAAGAUCUGGUACCUUGGACUGAACGCUCACAAAAUCGAAGGGGAACAAGGGGGGUCUCACAAUGGAGGCUACGAUGACGACGGAGGAAGCUACAACAAGGUUCUCCACGACCACAUCUGCUACAGAUACGAAAUCCUGGAGGUGAUCGGGAAGGGCAGCUUCGGCCAGGUCAUCAGGGCCUUGGAUCACAUGACCAACAAACACGUGGCCAUAAAAAUAAUCAGGAACAAGAAACGGUUCCAUCACCAAGCUUUGGUGGAGGUGCGAAUCCUUGACCACUUGAGGAAAAAGGACAAAGACGGCAGCCACAACGUGAUCCACAUGCUCGAGUACUUCUACUUUCGGAACCACCUCUGCAUCAGUUUCGAGCUGCUCAGUCUAAACCUCUACGAGCUGAUCAAAAAGAACAACUACCAGGGCUUCAGCCUGAAUCUGAUCAGGAGAUUCGCCAACUCCCUUCUCAAAUGUCUUCGGCUUCUGCAGAAGGAGAACAUCAUCCACUGUGAUCUUAAACCGGAAAAUGUGCUCCUGAAACAAAGAGGCAGCAGCUCGAUAAAAGUGAUAGAUUUCGGCAGCUCCUGUUACUCGGACCAAAGGAUUUACACAUACAUCCAGUCGAGGUUCUAUCGAUCACCCGAAGUAAUAUUGGGCCUAACGUACGGCACCGCCAUCGACAUGUGGAGCCUGGGAUGCAUCCUGGCCGAAUUGUACACCGGCUACCCGCUGUUCCCGGGCGAGAACGAGGUUGAACAGCUCGCCUGUCUGAUGGAGGUGCUGGGACCGCCUCCCGACGAAGUCAUUUCCGGAGCGACCAGGAGACGGCUCUUCUUCGAUUCUCGUGGAAACCCACGUUGCAUCACCAAUUCCAAAGGACGGAAACGCAAACCAAAUUCCAAGAACUUAUCGAUAGCUCUUAGAUGUAACGACCAGCUUUUCAUAGACUUUAUCUCCAGAUGUCUAGAAUGGAACCCCAAGAGAAGAUUGAGCCCGGACGAGGCCCUGCGCCAUCCCUGGAUUCUAUCCGGCUCCACACACUCCUCCCAAAAGGGCGAGCUACGCCACAGCCAUUCGGAGGUGAGCGUCGGCCACGAGAGCCACUCGUCCAGCAGCACUUCCGGCGGCAGCAGUCACCCACGCUCGCACCACAAGUGCCAACCGACGGCCUCCAAAACCGUGCCAGACAAAAUAAUCAAGGCGAAGAUAAUAGAGAACAGAAUACACGACACCAGGGUGCCGGAAGGGAUCAGCCACCACCACAAGUUGGACUCCAAUUUGAACGAUUCGGGUACAUUUCUGCCUCCGAUUCUUUAAGGAUUGGCUACGUGGAUACUAGGAGAAUUUUGUAGUUUUGUAGGGUAGUGGAUGUGAAUUACUUUUACGUCAUUAGCGGGACGGAAUGGGAUGGAUGCGUGAACUAUGCAAUCAUGUAAACGUCCCCAAAGGGACGAGUUCAAUAGUUUCAUAUCAUACAUCUUACAAUUAGAUAACUUCAGUACUGUAAGUAAGUUAGUCGUGACCAUAUCCCCAACUUCUGACCCUCCAAGUGAUUGUAAUGGUGACGUAAAUGUAAUGUUUCAACGAAUAACUUCAUUAUAUGGGCCAACGAUUAUUAUCCAUGACCAAUGCUAUUUGAUUAAGUAUAUUUCAAAAUUAUUAGCUAUACUGUUUGUUACCAGUAUAUGAUUUCUAGAACAAUCAAUUAGUUGAAGUAGCUGCUCUUCUGUACGAGAGUCGAUGUUAUCAAAAAAAAAAAAAAUGCUGUAAAGUUGUUGUGACUGAUACAUAUUGCCUAAAUGUGUAGAACUGUAUAAUAAAGACAUUUUCUUAGUGUCCAACGGAAGCUACUGUUCCACGUGUGGACCAACCCGCCUUGAAGCUUGGGCAGUUAGCUAAACAAUGCCAAAAUUUUGAUAUACUUGGAGUAUUCUCCAGAAAAAAAAAAACUCGACGUGGAACAGUAAAUUCCCCGUUCACAGGUAUCAGUUCACGUUUCAUUAUUUCACCAUUGUGAAAUUAGAUUUGUGUUUCUUUGUACCAGUUUUAUGGUAAAUUUGCCGAAUAAACUGUUUUAGAUGCAAUAGGACAUGUUUUCUGUAUUUCACGUUGCAUCAAUGUGAUUACAUUGGACACUUUGUAAAAUUGUCAGUACAUGUGAAAUGUGUUAAAAAUACUAAAAAUCUAGUUUUUACCAUUGUUUAAUUGUAUAAUUAAGUUGAUUUAUUAACAUAUGAUGCUGUUUUAAUUUUUAAUUAUUUAAUUAUAUAUUAAUUUUUAAGUAGCAAAAGAGAUGUAAAUGUUUUGAUGUCGACAUGAUGGCUUAUAUUCGGCCCAGUCGGAUAUUUAAAUCUCCCCAUUGUGAUAUAUAUUGAUAAUAUUAUUAUGUAGCAUAGCUUUAGUAAAUUCCCUUGGCCUAUUAGUGAAAAUUAAAUAAAAAAAAAACAUUUACAAGGUAUUUCAUAAUCAAAUUAUUCUAGACAUUUUUUGAUUUAACACUAAAUAAUUGCACUUUAUUAAAGUCGAACUUUUAAGAUUAUACACUUACUUACCUAACACGUUUAAUUUUUUUGAUUUUUUAUAAUUUGCUUAGUCUAAAAAUUGUAAGAUAUUGUUGUAAGUUCAUUAAAUAAGACUGAAAUAAU